CCUUCUCCCACUUUUCUCUCCGCGCCGUCGUCCGCGGAAAACAAUUGCAUUUUCGCCAGAUGGAAAAGUUUUGAACACCAUGUGAUCACCAUGUUUGCAAGGAUCACAAGGGACGGCCGUUGAUUGUGCGGCUGUGUGUAUGUGUGUGUUUGUGUCUGUGUCUGUGUGUGUUUGUGUAUAUGUGUGUAUCGCCAAUCGGAAAAUCCCAAGGGCGCUCCUAGCAGCGCUUGAACGCCUUGAAUCCUCGUACAGUACCUGCCUGCCAUCCAGCCACCCCCCCAAUCAAAGAUCAAUCAAUUGCACUCUGCGCACGUCAACGGGAGGAUACCCCUCCUCGCCCCUGGAAUGGACGGUUGUCUCGAUGAAGCGAAAAUCGUAAAAACCAUCGUGCAUGCGGGCUCGCGAGUCGUACCGUUCCGCUCUGGAACCAAGGUGACGUUCCACUUCCAGACGCGCAAAUGCGAUGGGACGCUGCUCGAUGAUAGCCGGACGCGGCAGAAGCCAAUGGAGUUGGUGCUGGGCAAAAAGUUCAAGCUGGAGGUAUGGGAAGCGAUCGUGCAACAAAUGGCAGUGGGCGAGGUGGCCCGCUUCCGGUGCGACCAGUCACUCGUGCUGCAGUACCCAUUCGUGGCGAAGACGAUCCGGGAUGCGGCGAAGCCGCCCGAGGAACGCAAACACUGCUGCGGCAUGACAGUGCAGAAUGAGGGCAUCGGCUACAGGGACCUGGACGAGCUGUUUGUCCAACCGCAAGACCUCGAGUUCACGAUCGAGUUACUGUCGGUCGAGAGCCCGGGUGAGUACGAGCAGGAAUCGUGGCAGCUAAGCGACGAAGAGAAACUGCAGCGAGUGAACCAGCUGCGCGAGCAGGGCAACACGGCGUACGGUCAGCAGCGGUAUGCGGCUGCCCUCGAGUCCUACUCUUACGCGAUCGGGAUCAUCGAGCAGCUGAUGCUCAAGGAAAAACCGGACGAGCCGGAGUGGGUGGAGCUGGCGCGGCUGAAGGUGCCGCUGCUGCUGAACUACUCGCAGUGCCGGCUGCUAGAGCGCGACUACUACGCGGUCAUCGAGCACUGCACCGAGGUUUUGCGGUACGAGCCCGACUGCGUGAAGGCGUUAUUUCGCCGUGGAAAGGCGCAUGCUGGCGCCUGGAACCUCGACCGGGCCCGGGCAGAUUUUGAGCGAUGUGCCGGCCUCGAUCCGAGCCUCACCGUUGCGAUUGGCCGUGAGCUGGUAAAACUGGGCGAGCAGGCACGCCUCCGGGAUGUCGAGGACCGGCUUAAGUAUCAAAAGCUGUUCUAAAGUUGUUGAUGCUGUUCGCACACGUCGUCCGCUUGCUUGCGGAGUUAUAGGAUCUAUGCCACACCUGGCCUUUUCUCUUUUUUUUAUCAUGGUUUGGUUAGCUUUCAGAAUUAUUUAGCUUUAUCACCUUAGGUGAGUUUUUACAAUUUGCAAUCACAUCGUACUAUUUUAUCGUUAAGCUCAUUGUGUUUCUUCGUACAGAAUGCUUUUAUUUUGUAUUAUAUUUGUGCAAUUUGUUAUGGUUUUUUUGGAAUUUUAUGUGCAAUAUUUUUUAUAUCGCACAAUAUUGUGCAACAUGAUGAAUAUAAAGUUUUUUGCAAGAGUUUUUUUGUUUUCUACAGAAUGUAGGUGUUUCGAAAACAUUUAUGCUAGACAUACAACUAGCGUGACCAUAUAUGUCUGGCUACGUGGUUGCACUCGGGUUGCAAGCCACUGCACUCGGGCGAACACACCCAGUCAAUCAGUCACAUCAACAGGUUAUGCGUACGUGUGCGCGCGUGUGUAUGUGUGUGUGUAUGUUAGAUGAAAAUAAUAUUAAUAAAGAAGAAAUUAAGAUGCAGGUGCAUCGAAAGAAUAGACAGAGUGCAUAGCGG